AUGGCCGCCGCGAAUGCUAAUGACCUGGAGAAGCUGUGCGGGCCGGCAGAGGCAGCGCCCGGUUCCGCGGAGCCCGAGCGGCCCCAGGGCGCGGCGCUGGAGCGGAGCCCGAGCGCGGACUCUGGUGCACUGGCCUGCAGGCCCCAGGAGCUUGGCCCAGGCGAUGCCCAUCGGGCCCCCCGUGCUCGAGGGGAACGUCGCAGACACACCAUCACCAGCGGUGUGGACUGUGACCUGCUGAAGCAGAUGCGGGAGCUGGAGCAGGAGAAGGAGGUGCUGCUGCAAGGUCUCGAGUUGAUGGCGCGGGGCCGUGACUGGUACGGGCAACAGCUGCAGCGCGUGCAGGAGUGCCAGCGCCGUCUGGGCCAGAGCAGGGCCAGCGCCGACUUUGGCAGUGAGGGGAGCCCCCUCCCACUGGGCCGGCUGCUACCCAAGGUGCAGGAGGUGGCCCGGCGCCUGGGGGAGCUGCUGGCUGCAGCCUGCGCGGGCAGGGCUCUGCCCUCGUUGUCCUCGGGGCCCCCGGGCCCGGCCCCGGCCCCCGCCUCGCCCUCAGCCCCAGGCUGGCAGCAGCAGACCAUCCUCAUGCUGAAAGAGCAGAACCGGCUCCUCACGCAGGAGGUGACCAGCAAGAGUGAGCGUAUCACACGACUGGAGCAGGAGAAAUCUGCCCUCAUCAAGCAGCUGUUCGAGGCGCGCGCCCUCAGCCAGCAGGAUGCCGGGCCCUUGGACUCCACCUUCAUCUAGCUGGCCGUGGGCGUGGACACAGCCCUUAGGGCCUGGCCUGGCCGUCAGCCCGGGCAGGUACCUCUUUGAGCCCCUCUUAGGCUGAAGACCACCUGACUGGCCUGGACACAGGUUUCUCCCUCUCUUGCAUUCUGGGCUCCCCCAGGCCCCCCAGACCCCGUCAGCCCCAGGUGGAGCCAGCGGGUGGGCUGUGGGCCAGAAUGUGCCGUGGCCCCAGACACGGACUGGGUCCCAGCCUUCAUUGUGCUAACAUAGCGUGAAGCUGCUACUGCUGCCGUCAGUGGACAGUGGGGGGCCCCCCAUGUCUACCAGAUCUCAGGCAGCUCUGGGCAGGCGGGCUUUACGCUGGCCUGUCCUCUCUGACCUGGGGUCUCCAGGGAAAGGUACUGGACCCACUAGGCUGCACUUCCGGCUGCGGCCAGCAGAGGGUGCUCGUGCACGACAGCCGGAGCCGCCCGGCAGCGGCCACUGCGAGGUCUCCCCUGGGGAGGGCUCUGUCCCCACGAGAGAUGUCAGCAUGGGCCCCCCAGGGGUGCCCCCCAAGGUUCCUUGUAGUCCACGCACCCCCACCGGGGCCUGCCCCACAUGAUUCAAGGUUCCCAGGUGUAGGGACCCCCCACACCCUCCCUGUCCCCCCCCCCAGCUCGGUGUCAGACUUGGGCCGGCUCAGCCACAGAGCAGGAAAGCCACCGGGUCCAGGAAGAGACGAGGCAGGGUCCUUGUCAGGGACAACUCCCCACCCCUGCACCAGGCCUCCCCCGAAGGGGGAGCCUCCACCCCACAGGGACUCGCCUCCCACACCGAGGACAUGACAUCACUGUUGGGUUGUGCGGUGGGGGGGCCCCAGGCAUGGGGUGUGAGACCCCAUCAACCAGGAGAGUUUGGGCACGUGGACUCCCACAGCCCUGGAGGGUGCCGGCGGCAGAGGAGGGGUCCGGGGUGAGGGUGGCUGGCUGCCCCCUGUGGGCCCCAGCUCUGAGUUCCCCACGCUGGGCUUGCAGACGGUGAGGGGGAUUGUCCUGGGUCAGGCCCAAAUCUGCGCAGCAUGCAAGCUGCCCUCCUCGGAGGGUGGGGUGGGCUCUUCUGGGGAGCCCAAGAACCCCCAGGUCUAGACCCACGCAGGCUCUGUGGGAGGGGAGCCAAGAGGGGAAUGGGUCUUGAAGAGUAAGACAGGGCCCCCAGCACCCACUGGGACAUGUAGAGCAGUGGCCACCCUGGAGAAAUCCUCCCAAUUGACAGUUUGGGACCUACUCACCAGGAGCUCUUGGAUCUGCUCUCCCCCACUUCCGUCCCACGUCCUCCACACCUGACCCUGAGCCCACCCUCUCACUGGGAGUCUCUGCUCACAGGUUCUCCAAACGCAACCCGUGACAUUUCCAAAACUGAAAACUGUAUCCCGCCCCCCCCCCACUCUUGAUCCUCCUGUGACCCUAUUGCUCAGGGCAGCCCCUGGGCUGGGCCUCUACAGCCUUUCCCAGGUCCUGCCAGGAGCUGGGCUGCAGCCGGACGGCCAGCCUCCCACCUCUGGUCUUUGCAAACGGUGUUCCAUCUGCUAGAACACCCCCUCCCCGCUUCACCUUGCUCACCCCUACCCAGCCCUCCACGACAGAACGAAGGAAUCUGAGGAAGCCAUUACAGUGGAGGAGGCAGCCGUGUCCCCUGGGGUGUCUGCCUCACCUGGAGGUUCUGCAUUCCCUCUGCUGUCUUCACAUGAGACAACACGGUGUCCGCCCCAGCUGUCUUUCACCAGGAGACCCUCCUCAGGAAGCGCCACUUCACUGCAAGAUGAGCUGGCUACAUGGAAGGCAACUCAGGGAUAGAACCCCCCUUGUCCUCGGUGCUCUACCCAGGCUGUAAACACAUGUCCUCUUUGUUUGCAGUCUGAAACCAGGCUACCUGUGGGCCCUAGACACCUCCAGGGAAGAAGUUUAAGUGGCCCCAGGUUGGCAGGUCCCGGUCAGGUGGCAGAAGCAGACCCAUCCUCUGCAGAGCACUAGUGACAUUUGGGGCUGAGUAAGUCAGGGGCAGGGGAUGCUGUCUUACGGUGUGAUGUUGAUGUUCACACCCUCGGUUGUGACAACUAAAAUGUCUCAAGAGGUUGCCAGAUGUCCCAGGGGUGGUGGUGGUAGAAACAUCGUCCCUGACUGAGAAUCACUGCCCCAGUGAUUUCAUGUAGGUCAAGUCCCAAGGAAAAUGAGCACCUCUACAUUAAAAAGCUUUUUCACACACACCAGGAGUGCACCCACCACGACAGCCAGCAGAAAGAACAGAUUCCGCAAAAAUUUAAGAUAUUGGAAUUAUCAGAGAAUAUACAAUAACUUUUAUAUGUCUGAAGAAAUAAAAGAUUCUUGAAAAUAUAAACAAGGAAUAGUCUUUAUAGUUUCUUAUUCUGUGAAAGCAUAAGCU